UCGCCACCUGCUUGGAUAAAACCCAGAAAGGACAAUCUGUUCUUUUUCUGCUGUUUCUCUCCAUUCAGAUCUAUUUACAGGUCUCAUUUGGUUACUGUCAUUUAUUUUGCAUUAUUUAUUUGAAACAUUUUGUCUUUUGUGACAAAUCCAAACCGUUUUUCAGACGGGUUUAAAACUUCAGGACAAAACGUUUAUCAUCAUCUCCAGUUGUGUUUUGUCAAAUAACAUCUCAAAUUUAAAGCUGUUUAUAACAUAGUAAUCAUAGAUGUUUUAUGUUAUAUUCAGAUAAAAUUAAUUAUAGAUUUAUUUGUUUAGUAGGAGAAAAAAGAAAUGUUUGGCUUUUCCUUUAAAGAGAUAAUAAAUUUCUUCCAGUUGGAGGAAGAAACCAAACUGAAAAUCUGACGCUGGAAUCAGAUUUGAAAACUUUGUGAAAGCAAACGAUCUUCAUUCAGACGUAACGGGUUUUUAAUCAUCUCAGAACAACAACAGUGAUGCCUGAAUAACUCGUGUUCAGCGUCCUUGGCUCGGUACUUUGAACUGUGUUGCCUUCAGAUGUCAGUUUUUCCUCUGCAGAUAUAUUUUUCUCUCAAGGCGAACGCUUUGUUUUGUUUCCUCUGCUGAACGGGCUGGAGAACCCCAGAGGGAACGGAGUCAGAAAGGCUACCUAAAGCUGCGAUGAGAAGGAGGAGCGAGGACCGGACUGACUGAGAAGAACCCCAUCAGAACCGCAGGUCCAGACUCCCAGUCCGGUCAACAGGAUCCAGACCAAAUUUCUGGUUUGCAUGAAUUACUGCAUCAAUGCGGCGUGGCAUGGAGGAGAUCAGCCUGCGGUUCUGGAACCUUCAGGUUUUACGUUGUUUUGGGCUGGAGACUGGCAACCUGAGCGUGUUGACUCCGGGCACCAAACGGGCUAGGACCGCCCCUGCGUGCAUGGGGUUUCCACAGGAACCUCUAAAAGAGGCAGACCCGCAUCAGCUGCGCCCAGACGCAGCAUCUCCUGCUGUUUGUCCCCUCUCCGCCUCCGUCUCUCCGGAGCGCCACCAUGCGCUCCUUCAACGCCACGCAGCGGAACCUGAGCGGUACCGCCAACCACUCCGACCCGUUCGGGCGCAACGAGGAGGUGGCCAAGCUGGAGAUCACGGUGCUGAGCCUGGCGUUCGUGGCGGCGGUGGCGGGGAACCUGAGCGUCCUGCUGGCCAUGCUGCGCAGCCGCAGAAAGCUGUCGCGCAUGCACCUGUUCAUGAAGCACCUGAGCCUGGCCGACCUGGUGGUCGCCUUCUUCCAGGUGCUGCCGCAGCUCUGCUGGGAGGUCACCUUCCGCUUCUACGGGCCGGACUUCCUGUGCCGCAUCGUGAAGCACCUGCAGGUUCUGGGCAUGUUCGCCUCCACCUACAUGAUGGUGAUGAUGACCGUGGACCGCUACGUGGCCAUCUGCCACCCGCUGCGCAGCCUGCAGCAGCCCACGCAGCGCGCGUACAUCAUGAUCAGCUGCAGCUGGGCGUGCAGCCUGCUGCUCAGCUCCCCGCAGUACUUCAUCUUCUCCCUCAGCGAGGUUCGGCCCGGUUCGGCCGUUUACGACUGCUGGGGUCACUUCGUGGAGCCGUGGGGGCUGCGCGCCUACAUCACCUGGAUCACGGCGGGGAUCUUCCUGGUUCCGGUGGCCGUGCUGGUGUUCUGCUACGGCUUCAUCUGCAGGACGAUCUGGAGGAACCUGAAGGGCAAGACGCGCAGGAAGAGCGCGGCGGACGCUUCGGCAGCGGGCGGCAGGUCCAGGAUCCUGGGCAGGAACUCCGUCAGCAGCGUCUCCACCAUCUCCCGCGCCAAAUUACGCACCGUUAAGAUGACUUUCGUGAUCGUGGUGGCUUACGUGGUGUGCUGGGCUCCGUUCUUCACCGUUCAGAUGUGGUCCGUGUGGGACAAAACCUUCUCCUGGCACGACUCGGAGAACCCGGCGGUGACGCUGUCCGCCCUGCUGGCCAGCCUCAACAGCUGCUGCAACCCCUGGAUCUACAUGAUCUUCAGCGGCCACCUGCUGUCGGACUUCCUGGGCCUGCUGCCCUGCUGCCGCCGGCUGCGGGACCGGCUGCGGCAGCAGGACUCGGACAGCAGCAUCCGGCGCACCACGCUGCUGUCCCGCCUGCAGGCGCCGCGCCCGUCCGACCUCAACUUCACCUUCAAAAACUGUCCGCCGGCCACGCUGGCGUCCUGACUGCAGAUCCGCCCGACCGGCUAGCAUCAGCCCAGGGAGCUAAAGGAGAGCUCGGUUCGGUCCAAACGGGGAACGUUCACUAUCCGCUGUGGGUUCAGCAGCACUUUUCAUGGCGGCUUUGUUAAAGGGGCAGUAUCAUGUAAAAACAACUUGAUUUUUUAUUUUACUUUCCAUCAUGUUUUACUGUUUUUCCCUGGUGAAA